AUGAUUCAAGAGCACUUAAACGGCGACUCCACCUCUGUGGAAAGAACCGUUUUCCAACAAGAUUCCUCACCCAUCCGUCUUCGUUCAUUAAAACCAAGUCACCAACUUUCUCCUUCGUAUAAAUCACCAAAAUCACAAACACCUUCAAAAACUAAACUUUCACAAUCUCCUCCACCUUCAUCGAACAGUAAGAGAAUGAUGAGAGCAAAUCAUGCUCGCUGUCAAGCUUUUGAAAAAUCUCCAGAUUUGCGAAUGCAAAAAGUUUCACAUGAUAAGGAAAAUCAAGAAAUGGACAUUAGUCCACAUAAUAACGAAACUAUUCUUUCACCACCCAAGUUGGUGUUGAGUAAAUCGAAUUCUGGAUUGAGAAAGCCACUGAGUCCAAUUUCUCCUCAAAUGAUGGAAGAUUCUCCAUUGGAAAAUAUUAAACGAAAGACACCUAAUCGUUAUUCACCUUAUUUAUUGAAAUCUGUAUUGAAGAAUGCAAAUUCACCACGAAAUGUUUCACCACUCGUUCGUAACAGUGCUACCUUUAAGAGAAAAUCACCACACAAUCGAUCUACUCCAAAUAAUUAUUCGAAACAUUCGAAUGAUCCUAAUAGAAUGAGUGAAUCACCAGAUGCAGACUGUAUCCAAUUAGAAACUCCACCUCACAUCCUCCAACAAGAAGACAAUAAGAAAUUCAUUGGUGAACAAAGUACCAUCCGUGUGAAACCAAUCCAAUUCCAAGCUCCAACCUCAAGUGCCAACGAACCAUUCUCACCAAUUGCCCAAACUAAUCACAUUCCACAACAAGCAACAUCUUCCACAUUCAGAUCACCAUUCAAAACUCCAAGUUACAUUAAAAAGAGACAAGCUCUUGCUGAGGAUUUGGGAAUGGCCUUUGAGGAUAGUUAUUCCAGAUCUGCAAAGAAGAAUGCUACCACUCAAAAUCCACUUAAAAAUCCAUUCACACCAAAUAGUUUUAAACAAAUUAAGGUAAUUCCUGAUAAGGCAUUUAGAAUGAUGGUUGGAAAUACAGCUCAACAACAAGUGGUUGAAGAACCUAAAAAGAAGAAAUCAAUCAUUCGUUCAAUGAGAGAUUAUAGAAAGAAUAAGAAGGAAUCACUGAAAAGUAAAUUGAGAGGUGAUAGUCCACCUAAGGAUUAUUCCUCAUCUACUGAUUCAUUAAAGAAGAGUAGAUCUCCUGCCAGAAAGAGAAAGUUUGAUGAAACUGAAGAAGAAAUUCAAGGAGGUGCCACAGUUUUAAGUAAUUUGGGUGUUCUCAUUGAUCAGUCAACUGUAACCAGUUCAGCACCAGUAGCCAACACUAACCAAAAUGAUUUCAUGAUUGCAGCAGAUAUCGAAAUUGAAAGUGAUGGAGAAGAUGUUGUCAUUGAAGAAUUGGAACAUGCAGCAUGUGAAUCACCAACUAAGAAAAUCAAAUCAGAACAAGGUAGACCACUUUGGAGUAGAUUAAAGAAGGCUCUCACAAAGAAGAAAUCAAAUCCAGAAGAAGACGAUGAAGAAUCCAAACAACCAAAGAAUACACUCAGAAGAAAGCUCUCUAAAAAGGGUCUUCAAGCAUUCAGAUCUAAUCAAGUUCAACAAGUGCAAAAUAACUUGUCAAAUCCUAAUUUACUAUCAACUCAAGAUUUCAAUAAUGAAGGUCCACUGAGAAAACAAAGAAGUUUUGGAGAAAAUUAUUUUUCCUCAAUGGUUCAUGGAAGAAAGCAACAACAACAACAAAUGGAAGAACAAUCAGCUGAUUUACACAAUAUUUCAUUUGACGAAACUGAUUUAAACAAACACAAGAAUCGUCAAUUCCAACUUCAAGAUGAUUUACAAGAACAAUUUUUGAAUAAUAUGAAAAUGGUCAAACAUACUGAUUCUAAUUUAAAGUCCUCAUUCACUAACAAUACAACCAUUGCUGCCACUACUAACGAAUGUGUGAAAAAUUUCAAAAUUCCAUCACUCAAUUUGAAGAAUGUACCAACUUUACAAUUAGCUCCAAAAGAAGAAAAGCCAACUUUCACAUAUUCUUUCGUUGAGAUUAUUAACACUCCACAUCAUAGAGAAUACUUUACAAAACAUUGUAUUAAUGAGUACAAUUCAGAAAAUAUUGAAUUUUGGUGUGCUGUCAGAUUAGAAUAUUCCUAUUUAAGAGAUAGAUCACAAAGAUAUCAAAUGGCUAUCAAACUUCUCAAUGAAUACGUUGAUUUAUCAAGUGAUAAGGCAUUAAACAUUGAUAAGAAAUCCAUUCUUCAAGUCAAGACAAGAAUCAAUGACGAAACUGAUGACCUCUCUGAUUUAUUCGAUUCCAUUACUAACCAUGUAGAAACUGUAAUGAUGGACUCUUUCAAGAGAUUCCAACUCCUUCCAAUCUACCAGGAAAUGAUUGCUCACCACAAAACCAUCAUCUCUGAGAAUAACAAGACAGAUUUGGAUACUCCUAGAGGAACCAACUUUAAGAAUAAGAUGUUUAGUUUCCUUUCUCCAAAAGGUCUCAUCAAACAACAACAUGAUUAA